AUGGCGCUGGAGGUGUCCCCGGCCAUCGCUCUGCAGGUGACUUCUGCAAGCGUGGAGGCUCCCUCUGCCAGCCCCAUGGGAGAAGGGACAAGGGGACAGAUGGGCUGGCCCUGUGCCCGCGGGACAGCCCGGAGCCCUCCUGGCCCUCGGGGUGCCUUAUCGCCCUCAGGCACCACCUGCGUCUUCGUGUCCUUCCCCUUCAUCUUCAACCCCUGCCUGGGUUGCAAGGAGAACACGCCGCAGUGGGCAGCCUUCAUCUACUACCUCCCCUUCAUCGUCAUCUUCCAAUUCGGCUGGGCAGCCACGCAGAUCUCCCACCUGUCCCUCAUCCCCGAGCUGGUGACCAGUGACCAUGGCAAGGUGGAGCUCACAGCUUUCAGGUAUGCCUUUACCGUCAUGGCCAAUAUCACUGUGUAUGGCCUGGCCUGGCUCUUGCUGAACUUCCAGGUGGACCAGCCUGACCGCACAGAGCACCUUGGCAUCCAGGAUGUCCCUAUAUUUCGGAACCUGUCCCUCAUUGUGGUGGGGCUGGGGGCUGUGUUCUCCCUCAUCUUCCACCUGGGCACCAAAGAGAAGCCGUACCCGCCGGGCUCACUGCCCCAGCUGGAGGAGAGCACACCCCUGCUGCAGAAGGAGCCUGUGAGCCCCCCGCGCCCACUGCUGAUCUGGAAAGACUGGCUGCUGGAGCCUGCCUUCUACCAGGUUGCAGUGCUCUACAUGUCCACCCGGCUCAUCGUCAACCUGUCCCAGACCUACAUCGCCAUGUACCUGACCAACUCGCUGCUGCUGCCCAAGAAAUACAUCGCCACCAUCCCCCUGGUGAUGUACAUCAGUGGCUUCCUCUCCUCCUUCCUCAUGAAGCCUGUGAAUAAGUGGAUAGGUCGUAAUCUGACCUACUUCGUGGGCAUCCUGGUGAUCUUGGCCUUUGCCUCCUGGGUGACCCUGGCCAGGCAGAUGGGAGCGGAGAUCUAUGGGGCGGCUGUGCUGCUUGGGGCUGGCUCCGCCACUAUCCUGGUCACCUCCCUCUCCAUGACAGCAGACCUCAUCGGCACCAACACGCACAGCGGCGCCUUCGUCUACGGCGCCAUGAGCUUCACGGACAAGAUGGCCAAUGGCCUGGCUGUGAUGGUGAUCCAGAACCUGCACCCGUGCCCGACCGAGCUCUGCUGCCCUGCCUGCAUCAGCUUCUACCACUGGGUGAUGGUGUUGGUCACCGGAGGCAUUGCCAUCGCUGCCGUCGCCUCUCUGUGCUGCAUCAUGGUCUGGCCCAUCCGUGUCCGCUACCGUGGCCCCGGCUGUGGGGAGGCAGCGGGAGCCCUGUCCCGGCGGGAGGUGCCGUGGCAGGGCUGGCUGCGGGGACGCUCGCGGCUCUGCCCGCGGGGGGACCCUCAUGAUGCUGUCUGCCUGCAGGGGCUGAGCAGAGUGGGGACCCGCUAUGGCGGGACGGAGAGCAUGGAGGGAACGAUCCAGAGCAGCACCGUCAACUGA